CCCUUCUCCUCUUGCGGACACAUAAUAAUCGUAGUCUCUCUCCUACAUCCACAUCUCUCUCACGAGUUCUCACCCAAGGUUCGGCUGAUUGUCUCCUCUGUUCUCUGCUCUUUUUCUUGGUUCUCUCGUAUUUGAAACCGUCAUCUGCAUAUAUGCAAAUAUCAUAGAUAAAGAUGGGGAGGAAAAAUAAAAUAAAAUAAAAUAAAAUGGAGCUUUGAGUAGAACCCAUCAUAAAGCGCCUCUUCAGUCUCUCUACCCACUGAAUUUUUUUUUUCAAUUCCCACACCAAAUUUAAGAUCGCGGAUCCUUUUUCUCACAGGUGUGUGAAACUUAGAGCUGCCUGAAUUCUGUUGCAGCUUGGCUUUGUUAUAUUCUGGAGCCAUUGUUCUUUUGAGAAGUUUCUGAUAUGCAGGGGGAAAGGAGUAUCUUGGAACCCUUUCCUGAAACCAUUGAUCUUAACCAGGUAUCUGGUUCCAAUAAUGCUUCUACGGAUAGGCCAGUUGCUUGGAAUAAUGUUCUAAAUCCAGCGGAAAGCCGGUUGUCCAGUUAUGUUCUUUCUUCAGGGCAUGGGAGCCCUAAUUUUUUAAAUCCUGCAAGCCACAAUGGUCGGACAUUUGGUGGCUGGGAUCCUGGUGAGUCGAGUUCCAGUGCUAAUAUGCAAAGCCAGUUGAAUGGUCAUGAUUUAAAGGUAGGACAAGGUUGGUCUCCUUCAAUAAAUACUUGUGUGGGACCUGAUGGAAGAUCAGCAGACUGGCAAUUUGAACAACCUAAUGUUCUUCAUGAAAGUAGUACAAAUAGCUAUCGUGGCAAUUAUUUUCACAGACCUCUGAGUAUAAACAACUCUGUGUCUACUCGUACUUCUCCGAAUGCUACUGUAAGUGGGGGCUAUCGAAGUAGUAGUCAUGAUAGCUGGCAAGGUAGAGGAUCAGGCAUAUCUCCAAGUUUCUACAGGUCUGGCAUGUCAGAGAUAGACCAGUUUGCUACUUUUGAUGCUGGUUCUAAUGAUGUUGGGACUUCUUCUGGUAAUUCUGGCUAUCUAGUUCAGCAUGAUGAUGGCUCGGGUUCUUCUUCUAGUUCCUGGGGUUUGUCCUGCAAGCGAAAGGUCCUUGAAGGUAAUCCUGGUCAAUCUGGUUCAAGUGGAAGUUUGAGCAUGGAGCCACAAGAUGAAACUAUUGGAAGGCACAACAUUCCUGCUCAUCAUAAUGCUUCUAGCAGCUUAGCUGUGUCUGCAACAUCUACAAACUCACCUAGCGCUAACAAUCAGGGACAGGUAAAUGCAAGAAUUGUGUCUGGGAUGAGAGGAAUGACUUACGAUAGAUUUCCUCCAAGGGUUACUGACAUUGCAGAAAGCUCACAAAGAAAUUUCAGUUUCGGAGUGGAUCUUGGACAUCAGGAACCAGCCCCAUUUGACUUAUCUGCUGCAGCGUCUGAUGUUAGGCAUUCUAAUGCUCACUCUACGAACCACCAAUCAAGACUUAUCUCAGCAACUGAAUCGCCUGAACUGAGAACUCCGUUUUCUCGUCCACUGAAUUUAAACAGUAACCCAAGUCAGUCUCCUUUCAUGCAUGUGCAUGGUUUGGCAAGAAAUAUGCUUCCGAUUUCUUGGAGUGGAUCUCUUAACUCAAGAGGUGGUGCUUCAUCCAGUCCUAUUUUGUUUUCAGGGGAAAGAGGUGCUGCAGUAAGGGAUGAAGCCAAUUUCAGAGGCUCGCUAAGCAACAACCCAGAGCAUCCUAGUUUUGUUGCUGCUCGUGAGAGCAGGCACAUGGUACAAGAACCAACAGCUUGGAGUUUUUCACCUGGAAAUACUGGCUCUUCAAGAAAUGUUCCUUCUAGUUCUCGAUAUACUCCUAAUUCUGGUACAGGACCUCUCCCAACUGUCUGGAUGCCUCAUCAAAAUGUAGCAGCACAUAAUCAGCAGAGGUUGUCCGAAUUCCCUCCAUGGACCCUCUUCCCAUCUGUUGAACCUGAUCCUGGAGGCCAGAGAGGCAAUUUUUCAUUCUUGCCUUCAGCCUCUUCUUCCUCAGAGGAGGCUGUGAUGGCAUCUGGAUCUAGUAGUGGGGACCAUAAUCAGCCAUAUUCUAGGUCAUUGUUGAUGGAGGUUUCCAGCGAGGACAUUAAUGGUUGGCGUGCUUUAGCUGCUGGCAUUGAGGGGAGGCACAGGAUCGUGUCUGAGGUUUGCCUUCUUUUAUUCUUCUAUUCAUGUUUGGCACAUCCAAGAUCUGUGCAUUGCAUUAUCAUUUCAUUGUGAAUUGAGUAUGUGUGAUUGAAUAUUGGAGGGUCUUAUUUUAUGUUGUAAAGUACAUUUAGAGUAUUUGUUCUUUUAUAGUUUUACACCUAAGCGCUUCUUGUUUAUGCUCCUGUGUAUGGAUUUAUAUGCAAACAGUUUGAAUGUUUUUGAUGUCAUUCCUUUUUUUUUUUUUAAUUGAGGACGGUAGAGGGAGCCUAAUAGAAGGUGCUACACGUAGUUUGAUAGAGUUAUGAGUAAGCUUUGCCAAAGGAUAAAGUGUAUUGGCUGACAUUGAUCCUCCUAGCUGCAACCAAAUCAAACACGAUCACUCUGGCAAACCGGGGUUUGGGGAGAGGGGAAAGCCUUAAAAGAAAUGGGUUAUACAAGAUAGCAUUCUUCAGGCCCGGUUUAAUCUGUGAAAGAUACAUCCCACAAGCAAGAAAAGAAUGCCCCUACUUGUGCUUAGGAGCUCUUAGCAUUCUUAUUUUAUCAAUUCAUGACCUACGUUGCAAUUUUCCACUGUUCUUUAUACUUGUCUUGCUUGAAAAAUGUGGUAGCUGUUCAUGUUGGUCCGAUGAGGUACACAGUAGAUAAAAGAGUUGGUAAAACUAUUUUUUUUUUAAAAAAAGUUUUGAAGGAAUAUUAAGCAGUUCAUUUAGGUUGGUCUCACAUUUUUUUAAGUCAUAGCCUUCUGCCAGUAGUCUGGUACUGUUUUUUAGGGGUAAUCUAUAUUGAUACUUUCGCUGGAUUUUGUGAUGGAUAUUUAGCUUGAUAUUUUUCAGACUUAAGGAAAAUUAUUAUCAAGCGACUCAUUCUGUAGCAUGAUGUAAUGGUGUUCCAUGGUUGGGAAAAUUGUUUAAGUGACUCAUUUGUUGCAUGAGAUCAUAGUGUUCCAUGAUUGGGUUGGGUAUAAAUCGCUACAUUCUUCUUUUUGAUUUCUUAUUCUUGUCUUUCUAUUGGGUGAUGGUUAGAUUGGAGAACCCUACAAAUUCUCCAUUAACAGUGUAUUAUCUCUCUAGCACAUAGAGAUUGUGGCACAUUGUGCAUCUUGUGGAUCACAAGGUUGAUGAUCGUGACUUCCCAUUUUUAACUUCUGUAGAUUUAAUAAUUUUUUUUCAUAUUUGUAGAUCUUUUAUUUGCAUUUGAUUUUGAUGCAUUAUACCCCUUGAAUGUGCUUAAAUUGGUAAAAGGAGGACCUGGAUUUAUGUUUACCUUAGCAUAGCAAUUUUUUUUCUUCCGCUUGCUUCUAUUUCUAUAUUGAUUGAAAUUAGUGGAGAAUACAUCUCUUAGGAGUUCGAGGGCAUGGGAAAGCCGGAAAAAGGGAG